UUAUCCUUAAUUGUACUAACAUGUCCGAGAACGAGGGGUUUGUUUCAUCAUAAAUGUAAACAUGGCGGAGAAAGCUCAACCGCAGGUCAAAAUUGGCCAUUAUAUUAUCGGAGAUACCCUUGGAGUGGGAACAUUUGGCAAAGUAAAAAUUGCAACACAUCAGAUCACCUGUCACAAGGUAGCUGUCAAGAUAUUAAAUCGACAGAAAAUCAAAGCUCUCGAUGUUGUCGGCAAGAUUCGGAAGGAGAUUCAGAAUCUCAAGCUGUUCAGACACCCACAUAUUAUCAAACUGUACCAGGUGAUCAGCACCCCCACAGAUAUCUUCAUGGUGAUGGAAUAUGUAUCUGGAGGGGAGCUCUUUGACUACAUUGUCAAAAAUGGCAAGCUGAAAGAGCAUGAGGCAAGAAGAUUUUUCCAGCAGAUUGUGUCUGGUGUGGACUACUGUCACAGACAUAUGGUGGUACACAGGGACUUGAAACCAGAGAAUCUCCUUCUAGACCACAAUUUGAAUGUCAAACUGGCAGAUUUUGGUUUGUCAAAUAUGAUGCAUGAUGGAGAGUUUUUGCGAACAAGCUGUGGUUCACCAAACUAUGCUGCACCAGAAGUUAUCUCGGGAAAGUUGUAUGCUGGUCCUGAGGUAGAUGUGUGGAGCUGUGGUGUCAUACUGUAUGCUUUACUGUGUGGAACACUUCCCUUUGAUGAUGAGCAUGUGCCAACACUGUUUAGGAAAAUCAAAUCUGGAAUAUUCAACAUCCCAGAGUACCUGAACAAAGAAGUAGUGUCGUUGCUCUGUCACAUGCUCCAAGUUGAUCCUCUCAAGCGGGCCACAAUGAAAGAUGUCAGAGAGCAUGAGUGGUUUAAGAAGGACUUACCAACUUAUUUGUUCCCCCAGCCCCAGGACCAUGAUGCGUCUAUUGUAGAUUUUGAUGUUCUCAGAGAAGUUUGUGAUAAAUUUGGAGUAUCAGAGUAUGAGGUGGAGUCGGCUAUAUUGAAUGGUGACCCCAUGGAUCAGCUUGUAAUAGCUUAUAGUUUAAUAAUGGAUAAUAAGCGUAAUCUAGAAAACACUACUGGAUUACCUGCAUCAUCGUCAGUGAAUAUUCAGGAGUUUUAUCUUGCGUCUAGCCCGCCUAGUGAGUCGUUCACCCUGUGUUCACUGCGUCAGGGUGAGAGAGGGAGGACAUUUUUUCAUUCUGGUCGACACUCGCAUCUCCUUGGUUCGCCGCCUGGACCAGAGAGCCUUCCAUCUGAACAGGUAAACCGAAUGUCGGUUGGACAAGGUACAGCAGCCAGCUCUCUUGCAAGGUCACAAGCGAAUGCUAGUCCUUUGAAACCACACCCUGAAAGGAUGCCAGAGAUGAAAGAUGUGACACAGACAUUAGAUCCAUUGUUAACAACUGUCAACAAGACACACACACCAGCUAAAAAAGCCAAAUGGCAUCUAGGUAUCAGAUCUCAGAGUAAGCCACAGGACAUCAUGCACGAGGUCUUCCGUGCUAUGAAAGCCCUCAACUUUGAAUGGAAGGUGAUCAACCCGUAUCAUGUAAGAGUGAGAAAACAGAAUCCAGUCACCAGCAAAUAUACCAAGAUGAGCUUACAGUUAUAUCAAGUAGAUCAGAAGAGUUUCUUGCUGGACUUCAAGAGUCUGGUGGAGAAUGAGGGCCAGGAUACUCUGCAUCCCACUGCCAGUCUCGUCUCCCAGGGGAGCAGUGACAAUGAUCACAAAACAGAGUCACAUGAUACCAAUACUGGACAAAAUAUCCUUCUCAUGCCUGAUGAGAAAAUGGAUGUAGAUGAGAACCCAAAGAGUCACCACACGCUUGAGUUCUUUGAGAUGUGCGCACAGCUAAUUACUACGCUGGCACGAUAAAAGACAAGGAGAAACAUCCAUGCAGUCGCAAGCUUAUGACAGUUUUUUUAAAACUGAAUUUUGAAGACUUCUGUGGGAUAGAUGCUUUAAAUAUACCCCAGGACUUUUUGAGCAUUUCAGAGAUUUUGUUAAUAGACUAAAAACCACAAUAUGUGAAUCACUAGCUGAGAGACAAUAGUAGUUCUUAUUGUAACUGAAAACAGCCAGAGUGCUGUGUCUACUUGCAGGUCUGCCUUUAAAAAUCGUUUGAAUUUUAUACAUACAUUAUAUAGGAAUUUGAUAAUCACUAAGUUUAGUCAAGAAUCAAAUUUCAGAUCAAACUUGUAAAUCAUUUAUAUUUUGGAUUAUUUAGCAUUUUAUGUUAGUCAUGUGACAAAUUUUUAAAAAUAAUCCUAAAAAAGACUUUCUUCUGAUUGAACACUUCCAAUGUUUACUGGAAGUAUCAUAUUUUUAUUCCAUCCUUCAAGGAAAGAGGAUAUAUCAAAUUGUUUUGCUCAUUGAAGGCUGGUCUGUAGACAAUUUGGUUUCCAAUCAAUAAUUAGACAGUGCUUUGUCUCAUAAUGCUAAAACUUCAUGAGAUGAUUGCCUGUGGUCAGUAGAUGACCCCUGUUGUUUUGGGGGUCAGUAGGUCAAAGGUUAAGGUCAAAGUGAUGUCAGGACUGAAAAUGGAUCAGGCUGUCAUGAUAGAUGGCAUAUGUAUUUUACAAACAGCUCUUAUUUCAUUUAUGCUUUGCUUUCUGAAUGGCACAUA